CUUGCUAUGUUUACGGCCAUUUUACCUUUGUGACGCGCGUUAAUGGUUGUGGUUUGUUGACAAGUUUGUUUUAUACUACAAAACAGUUCGGAAUGUCAAACAGGAAACUGUUCAAUUCUCUUUCUCGGGAGAGGAAACGGAAACGGCUGUUGAAGCUUUAUGAGAAAAGUGUAGGGCACUCUGCUGUAGCUGUUGAGAGAGAUGUUUCCAAUGAUCCAAAUCCUGGGAGUCAACUUCAACCAUUAUUGUGUAAUAGUGCCACUGGAUCAUCAUUUAAUAGUGAACCUUCUGAAAGUAACCAGGUUUUUGAGUUGUUGGAUCAAUAUCCUUUAUCAUACGGUUCAGACAGUGAUGACUGCUUUGAUUCCAAGUUUCAAAUGGAAGAGCUCAAAUCUGAAUUAGCUAACUGGUCUGUUCAGUUUAGCAUUACAAAUGUGGCAUUGACAGCUUUGUUGUGUAUUCUUCGAUCACAUGACUGCUUUAAAUCUCUUCCAUCAGAUGCAAGAACUAUUCUAAAGACUCCAAGAUGCAUUCAAGUAAAAAAUGUAAGCCCUGGCCAGUACUGCCACAUUGGUAUUUCAAACCAGUUAAAGAAAAUGUUUGCUAGUGCACAACAUAUUUUCAGUUCUUUACAGCAUAGUGAUUUAAUGAUUGGAAUUGACGGAUUACCUUUAUUUCACAGUAAUAGCGGUGAGCUGUGGCCAAUUUUAGGCUCUGUAUUAAAUAUUCCAUCCUUGUCAUCAACUGUUUUUCCUAUUGGCAUUUAUUUUGGAUUAAAGAAACACAGUAGUUGUUUUGAAUUUCUAAAUGAUUUUGUAGAAGAAAUUGUUGGCCUAAUCAGGAAUGGUUUAAUUUGUAAUGGCAAAAAUGUAGCUGUCAGGAUCAAGGGAAUUUGUUGUGAUGCCCCUGCCAAAGCUUUUAUUUUAGGCAUUAAAGGUCACAACGGAUAUUUCUCGUGCACCAGAUGUAAACAGGAAGGGUCUUUCUUUGAUAAUAGGAUGACUUUUCCUAUAUUUGACAGUCUGCCUCGUACCCAUGAGGGAUUUAUAAACAAAGAAGACACAGAAUUCAAUACUGGUGACACCCCAUUGACCACCAUCCCUAGUCUGCAUAUGGUAUCAUCUUUCCCACUUGACUAUAUGCACUUAGUGUGUUUAGGGGUAAUGAGAACAAUGAUUUAUGUUUGGAUGUUUGGACCUGCCCCUUUAAAACUACCUAGUAGGAUUAUUGAUAGUAUAAGUUCUAAUUUAUUAUCUCUAAAAGCAAGCAUUCCAGUAGAAUUUUGUAGAAAACCCCGAGGUCUUGAUGAAGUGAAAAGAUGGAAAGCUACAGAAUUUAGGCAGUUUUUGCUUUAUACUGGACCACUUGUAUUGUACGAUAUUUUGUUGCCUGAACAGAAAGAAAUUUAUAACAACUUUUUAUCUCUCCAUAUUGCCAUGACCCUACUCCUCAGCAAAAAAUUUUGUUAUCAACACCAGGAAUAUGCCAAAGGUCUUCUUCAUUUUGUACAAACUUUUCAAUCAUUAUAUGGGCAGAAGUAUAUAACACACAAUUUUCAUGGACUGAUUCAUAUUGCUGAUGAUAUAUCAGUAUUUGGCCCUUUAGAUGGAUGCAGUGCCUUUAAAUUUGAAAAUUUUUUAUUUUCUCUGAAGAAAUGUGUUAGAAAAGGAAAUAAACCUUUUCAGCAAGUUGUGAAACAUUUAGCUGAAAUUUCUAACUCCACCAUUAGUCCAGUCAGUGACAAUGAAGUCAAUAAACUUUAUCCAAUUUUCGAAUGUCAACAUUAUUCUGGACCUGUUUUUGAUGGUUGUAAUCCUGAUCAGCAGUACAACACAGCAAAAUUUCAAAAUUUUAAAAUAACUACAUCAACUCCAAACUCAUGCUGUAUGAUGAAUGAUGGAAGUAUUGUUAUUGUUGAAAACUUCAUCUAUUCCAAUUCCUUGUGUACAAUGGUCAUUCUUUGUAAACAGUUUAUGACUGUUUGUGAUUUUUUUGGACUCCCUUUUUGUAAAAGUUCAGAUGUUAAUAUUACUGUUGUACGAAAUAUGUCUGAUGUACAUAUAAGGCCAGUCUCUGACAUUAAGGAGAAACUGGUGCUUUUAACACUAGGCAGUAAAAAUGUAACACUACCUCUGCUGCAUACAUAAGAGUGGACCAAUACGAGUGAUAAACAAUUCAGUUCUACAGGAUUUUCUGAAAAAUUAUCAGGAAACAAACUAAAAACUUUGGAAAACAUCCAGAGUUUUAUUCAUCCACAAAUUUAUCCAGGAAAUGGAGCUGACAAAUGAAAAAUACAAAUUUGCCAUAGUAAAAUUUCCUGAAGAAGAUGAUGCUCUAGGAAUAAUAGCCUUAUGCUGGAUUCAAAAUGAUGGGACCACAUGUUUAUACCCACCUGUGACCACUGAUAGCAAAAGAAAUAAAUUAUUGAGGGAAGAAGCCUUACCAUUACAAUCCUGGAGUUCUCAUAAGAUAUCUUUAACGAAAAAAUAUGCAACAUACAACGAUGCAAGAGAGCAUCUUCGAAAAGCUGAAGAAACAUCAAACCUCGAAAGUGAAGAAGAAAUUGGGGUGAAGAGAAAAAGAAAGGCAAAAGACAUAAUGUUGCCAGGAGAAGAAUCGAGCGAUGAAGAUUACAUGCCGAAGAAAAAAUGUAAGACAAACCGUGUCACAGUUCAUCCGUAUCCAUCUCUUGAUUCUUUUUCAGCUUCAUUCUCAUCCUCACCAUCUACUGGUAUGGAAGUUUGUGAAAUGUGGUCUUCCAUCCCUCCAAAUUCAUUAACUCCUAGGCCUAGUUCAUUCUCCAAUGCCAAAAUUCCUCCAGCACCACUUGCUUCAGCACACUGCCCGAGAAAAGAAAAAUCUGCACCACUGGAUGUUGAGCGGAUCUGGCUCAUUCUUGGCCAGUUACAAGCUGCAGCAGCUAGCCAGUCUGAGGAAAUCUCUCAGCUGAACAGAAAAAUUGACCUGUUAUUGGCUCGAGGAUGUGUCAACAGUACUUAUCAGGAGGCGGAUGAAAGUAAUGAGCAGGCACUAAACAGUCUCCCUUUAUCAUCAAUGGAAAAAUUUGAUGAAUUUGAGGAAAAAUUGAAACAAUAGGAAUUCAAAAGUCUUGUGGUGAAGUUACUUGCAACCCUUGGUGGUAAAGAUGCAAAAUUGUUAAUGUUCAAUUGUAUGAAACGAUGCCUCACGUCAGAGAUAGGAAUGAAGUUUUCGUAUACAGGAAGGCCUCCAAAAGACAAGACGAAAGAAAGGAAAAGAGCUUUCUGUUCAACCUUGCUUUGUGCAGCAAUUCAAAGUUCAGUCAGAAAAAUAUUUCCUUUGACAACUGAAGAACAGUUCAAAACCAACAUAGGACACUGGCUUCAACAGUCAAAAAACAGAAGUCAAACCCCACGGACCAUUAUACCGGCAGAAGCCAGUGAUUUUUGAUCCUGCUCUGGUCUGUGUGCUGGGGCCGGAGGGGCUUCCGAAUAAUUAAAUUUUAAACAGUUUGAAAAUAAAAUUUUUUAAAGAUA